GCGCAGCAUUUGCAGGCGUGUGUAUGAGCCGCUGUCCGCGUCGCCUCCGCCGCUGUUAUGAGCUGAGAGAGCCGGAGAUGGAGGUGAUGCGUUCGGCCCGGGGCUCGGUCCUCCCGCUGCUCCCGCUGCUCCUCCUCGUGCUCGGGACCGGCUGUGACGCCCGGGACACGGAGCUCAGCUACGUGACGUGCGGCUCGCUGGUUAAACUGCUCAACACCCGUCACAACGUCCGCCUGCACUCCCACGACGUCAAAUACGGCUCAGGCAGUGGGCAGCAGUCUGUUACCGGCGUGGAGAACGCCGACGACGCCAACAGCUACUGGCAGAUCCGCGGGAAGCCGAACCGUCCCUGUCAGCGCGGCGUGGCCAUCAAGUGCGGCCAGGCGGUCCGGAUCACACACAUGAAGACGGGACGCAACCUGCACACACACCACUUCAGCUCCCCGCUGUCCAACAACCAGGAGGUCAGCGCCUUCGGCGAGCACGGCGAGGGCGACGACCUGGACGUGUGGACGGUGCAGUGCGACGCGUGCACGGAGCGCGACGAGGCCGUGCGCUUCAAGCACGUGCACCAGACCGUCUUCCUGAGCGUGAGCGAACAGUACGGACACCCCAUCCGGGUCAUGCGCGAGGUGCACUGCAUGACGCCCCCCAACCAGCACAACUGGUGGCGCGCCAUGGAGGGCGUCUUCAUACCGGCCGGGCAGCGAUCUGCUGCAGCGGCACGACGGCUGUGACCGUCCUCUCAGGACCGCGACCCGCUCUGCAGGGAAACCGCCUCAAACGCUGCGUCCAAUAAACAAAAUAAAAUAAAUACAUUUUAGAUUUUGUCUUUGAGCUUUCAGUGGAGGUGAGGCAGCUGGGAAAACACUCCACUCUGAGGCAUUGUUCUCCUCAUGAAGGCUCCGACUGGAAACUCACUGCAGCCACAUCAACAUUCCCAGAAAUCAGCUUCAGACAGACGAUAAAGUUUAAAACUGAGCAGGAAAAGCGACAACAGGACAAGGAAAAAGGCUUUUAAAAGGUCAAAUCAACCAAAUGGCUGGAUUAAAAACUUUGAUUCCUUUUUUUUUUUCCUCCUAAUCACUUUGAUAUGAAGAUGUUUUGUUUUUUACACUCGUUUCGCUGGGGGGUUUUUGUUUAAGUUUCGUAAGAUAAAGAUGGUAAAUUACAAUUAAAAAAGGCGUUUAAGAAGUCAAGCAAAAACAGUACGACAAUAAAAAUACAAAAGUGAUUCAGAGAAAAAGUUAUAUGAAGUAAAUUUGGUAAAAUGACAAGAAAAAGGUUUUUUUUAAAGGUCAAGACAGUUACAAUUCAAACAGGUGGAUUACAAAAAAUGAUUGAAAUAUAAAAUGUCUUCAUAUAACAGAUUAAUGGAAAACCCACAGAGGGUCGGGCCUUAGAAAAUCCAGCAUUUCUAUUUGCUGCAGAAUUAGAACAAACCCACUUUCACUGGACGAGGUCGCGGCAGGAAAAACAAAAUACUACAAUCCUGUUUUUGGCCAUUGAGGAAAUACAUUUAAUCUGAAAUGAUGCAAAACUGUAGAAAUAUGUAGACAUUAUUUAUGGAAAAUAUGUGGAAAAUGAAAGUGAAUGUUGAUUAAGUGAUGCAAUUUGUUUGUUUUAAUAAUCGAGGACUCUGGAAACUUCUGUGCUUUGACUUUUUGUUUUUAUUAAGAUGUUUGAACCUUUCAGACCUGAAAACCGGGAGCUGUGAAUGAGUUUUUCCUUUUUGUUUUCUGUUUAAGUGUGUUUUAAUCCUAGAAAAGUUCAGAUCAAACCGGAAAUCAAAAAUCACCUUUUCGCUUUGUCUUUCUGGUUUCUAACCCGAGCCCGGGACAGUUUAGUUUUUAGUGCCCUGCUCAGAAGCACAACAUGACGUGAACGAUUUCAGUUUGAAUGAAUAAAUGAUGUGAUCACCGUC